CAUGGUGCGGGUGGGCUCGGGGGGCCCAGCAUGACGUCAUGGCGCCACUGGGAGUCCCGGCGCCGGGCGUCGCGACGCUUCUUCCCCGAGGAUGGGGGUGGACCGGAUGGGGCAGCAGCACUGCGACGUCGCCGCCAGCGUGGCGGGCCUUCGCCAAGACGGCCCCGCCGAGACUGGUCACCGCCGAAAUCCCCGCCGCCGUCGCCCCCCGGGACGCGGUGCCCAGAGUCGCGGCCACGGCCACCUCGACCACCAUCAUGGCUACCGUCGGCGAGCCCGCCGCGACGGCCACCUCGGCCGCGGCCACGGCCGCCGCCGCAGCUCUCGCGGCCUCCAACGGCACGACGACCGCCGUGGACUGGCAGCAGCAAGCCAAUGCGACCCUGGGUGACCUGCUGUACGCCAACGGCUACGUCAACGCCACGGACGGCUGGGCGACCAACUACACGGACCCGUACAGCUUCUCGCUCUUCCCGGACGAGAACGGCGUCAACCUGGCCGUGGACGGCGCGUCCUGGUCCAACGACUCCGUGUCCACCAACAUGACGACGGCGGUGCGGCACACGCCCACGGGCUUCCUCAGCCACAGCCAGUACUGGGCGCUGCUCCUCGUGCUCGUGCCCAUCCUCACGCUGUUCGGCAACGUGAUGGUCAUCCUGGCCGUGUGCCGGGAGCGCGCGCUCCAGGGUGCCACCAACUACUUCAUCGUGAGCCUGGCGCUCGCCGACCUGCUCGUCGCCGUGCUCGUCAUGCCCUUCGCCGUCUACGUGCUG